UAGUGGAAGAUACCAAUAAAACACUUUAUUAUCAGGGUGGGGAGACGGCUGAGCUGAAACAGAAAGUAAAGUUGUUCUUUUGGAAAGGAUCCAUUUUGAGGACAGAGCUAAAAACACAAUAUGGAGAGAACUGACAAAUAAAGGGACAGUGCUCUAAAAUGAGUCUCUCUGUGGAGAGAGAGGAGAGGGGCCCUGCCUCUAAAAUGAGUCUCUCUGGGGAGAGAGAGGAGGGGGCCCCUGCCUCUAAAAUGCAUCUCUCUGGGGGACAUGACACCAAAGCUAAGAGACCAAUCAAGCAGGAGAGACCAGCCUCCCCUGUACCCAGCUGUGUGUCCAUGAAGAGUGACUGGUCUAUGGGUCAACCUAUAAACUUUAGAGAGGGAGACUUUUCUACUGAACAAAGUCCAAUCAAGCAGGAGAGACCAGCCUCCCCUGUACCCAGCUGUGUGUCCAUGAAGAGUGACGAGUCUAUGGACCAUCCUAUACUGUUUAGAGAGGGAGAAUUUUCUACUGAACAAAGUGGAUGGUCUACUCUGCCAGAGGAUCAGUCCAGGUGUGCAGUGUGUCAGCAGGUUCUGAGGGAUCCAGUCUCUAUCACCUGUGGACACAGGUUCUGCAGACAGUGCAUCACCAGAUACUGGGAGAAACCUGCUCCUUCAGGAGACUAUGACUGUCCUCAAUGUAGAAAGAGAUCCAGAACACGUCCUGUACUACAGCCCCUGAGUGAACCCAAUGAUGCAAGAGGCUCUGAAAACAUGGAUGACAGCCUGCAGAGAGCUGUAGUAAACCAUAAAGACAGCCUGCAGAGAGCUGUAGUAAACCAUAAAGACAGCCUGCAGAGAGCUAUAGUAAACCAUAAAGACAGUCUGAGAAGGAGGUAUGAAUGUGUGAUAGAAGGCAUGGAAACAGCAGGGAACCAAACUCCCCUCAACAGGAUUUACACAGAGCUCUACAUCACAGAAGGAGAGAGUGAAGGGGUUAACAGUGAACAUGAGGUGUGGCAGCUAGAGACGGCAUCCAGGACGCCAACCUCACAUGACACAGCAAUCCACUGCAAUGACAUCUUUAAACCCUUACCUGGCCAAGAGAGAAGCAUCAGAACCGUGCUGACGAAGGGCAUCGCUGGCAUCGGGAAAACUGUCUCUGUGCAGAAGUUCAUCCUAGACUGGGCUGAAGGGAAGGCAAACCACGAUGUGGAGAUCAUAUUUGUGCUUCCUUUCCGGGAGCUGAACUUGAUCAAAGAUCUCCAGUACAGUCUUCUCAGACUUCUCCAUGACUUCCACACAGAACUAGACAUAGGCAUUGCAAAGAAACUCACUGCCUGUAAAGCUAUGUUCAUCUUUGAUGGUUUGGAUGAAAGCAGACUUCCAUUGGAUUUCCAGCACAACGAAACAGUGUCUGAUGUCACCCAGACAUCAUCUGUUGAUGUUCUGCUGACAAACCUCAUCAAGGGGAAUCUGCUUCCCUCUGCUCUCCUGUGGAUAACCUCCCGACCAGCAGCAACCAAUCAGAUCCCCCCUAAGUGUGUUGACCAGGUGACAGAGGUACGAGGGUUCAAUGACCCACAGAAGGAGGAGUACUUCAGGAAGAGAUUCAGUGAUGAGGACCUGGCCAGCAGAAUCAUCUCACACAUAAAGAAAUCAAGGAGCCUCCACAUCAUGUGCCACAUGCCAGUGUUCUGUUGGAUUUCUGCAAUAGUCCUUGAACACAUGUUGAGUACAGACAAGAGGAGAGAGAUGCCCACGACUCUGACUGAGAUGUCCAUACACUUCCUGCUCAUUCAGACCAGCCUGAAGAACCAGAAGUAUCAUGGAAGAGAUGAGAUUGAUCAUAGGGAGCUUAUGGAGUCAGAUAAGGAAAUUCUUCUGAAGCUGGGGAAGCUGGCGUUUGAAAAUCUGGAGAAGGGUAAUCUCAUGUUCUAUGAAGAAGACCUGAAAGAGGCUGGCCUUGAUGUCAAAGAAGCCUCAGUGUACUCAGGAGUGUGCACACAUAUCUUUAAAGAAGAGUCUGUGUUAAUUCAGAGAGUGGUGUACUGCUUUGUUCAUCUGAGCAUUCAGGAGUUUCUCUCAGCUGUCUACAUGUACCACUGUUACACAACCAAGAACAUGGAUGAACUGAAGCCCUUCCUCAAGAGAAAGUCUAGAGCUGCAUUUGAAAAGCUAAGCUUGCAUGAGCUGCUGACGAGUACCGUGGAUAAAGCCUUGGAGAGUAAGAAUGGACACCUGGACCUUUUUGUCCGCUUCCUUCAUGGCAUGUCACUGGAGUCCAAUCAGAAACUCCUACGAGGUCUGGUGACACAGACAGAAAGCAGUCCAGAGAGCGUCAAGAAAACGAUCCGAUCCCUUAAGGUGAUGCAGAGGAAGAACAUCUCCCCUGAGAGGUGCAUCAAUCUCUUCCACUGUCUGAUAGAGAUGAAAGACCAUUCAAUACAGAAGGUAAUUGAAGUGUACUUGAGGUCAGAAAAGAGAUCCAAAAACCUCACACAUGCUCAGUGUUCAGCGCUGGCCUACAUGCUGCAGAUAUCAGAGGAGGAUCUGGAUGUGUUUGACCUGAAGGAAUACAAGACAUCAGAGGAGGGUCGUAGGAGACUGCUCCCAGCUGUGAGAGGCUGCAGGAAAGCUCUACUCACUGGCUGUAAACUCACAGACACAUCCUGUAAAGUGUUGGCCUCAGUUCUCAGUUCAAACUCCUCACAUCUGAGAGAGCUGGAUCUGAGUAACAAUGACCUGAAGGAUUCAGGAGUGAAGCUGCUCUCUGCUGGACUGGGGAAUCCCCUCUGUAAACUGGAGACUCUGAGGCUGUCAGGCUGUCUAGUCAGAGAGGAAGGCUGUGCUUCUCUGGUCUCAGCUCUGAGGUCAAACCCCUCACACCUGAGAGAGCUGGACCUGAGCUACAAUCACCCAGGAGACUCAGGAGUCAGACUGCUCUCUGCUGGACUGGAGGAUCCACACUGCAGACUGGAGAAACUCAAUGUGGAACAUGGUGGAGAGUACACAAUGAAACCUGGGCUUAGAAAAUAUGUCUGUGAUCUCACACUGGACCCAAACACAGUAGACAGUCUCCUCUCUCUGUCUGAGGAGAACAGAAAGGUGACAUGUAGGAGAGAGAAGCAGCCGUAUCCUGAUCACCCAGAGAGAUUUGAGGGCUGUGGACAGGUGCUGUGUAGAGAGGGUCUGACUGGGCGCUGUUACUGGGAGGUAGAGUGGAGUGGGAGAGGGGCUGUUAUAGGAGUGACAUAUAAAGGAAUCAACAGGAGAGGAAGGGUUAAUGACUGUUAUCUUGGAUACAAUGUCAAGUCCUGGAGUCUGGUCUGCACUGACAACCGUUACUAUGCCAGGCACAAUAAUAAUCACACUAACAUAGACGUCCCCCCCUCCAGCUCCCACAGAGUAGGAGUGUAUCUGGAUUGGCCAGCCGGUCCUCUGUCCUUCUAUAGAGCCUCCUCUGACUCACUGACCCACCUGUACACAUUCACCUCCACAUUCACUGAGCCCCUCUAUCCAGGGUUUAGGGUUUAUGAUGUUUACUCCUCAGUGUCCCUGAAAUAAUAACCUGACACACAAACACUGGACACACACACACACACACUGGACACACACACACAGGACAAACACACUGACACACACACUGGACACACACACUGGACACACACACUGGACACACACACACGUACACACACACACGUACACAAACACACUGGACACACACACACUGGACACACACACACAGGACAAACACACUGACACACACGCUGGACACACACACACACACACUGGACACACACACACAGGACAAACACACUGACACACACACUGGAUACACACACACUGGACACAUAUACACUGGAAACACACACAUAUGCGUCUUCCUAUAAUUGUGAGGACCUUGACACAGGACCUUCAAAUGAGGACCAUAAUGUCUGAUUGGGAACAAACAGACACCUCUUUCCAGCACCAAGUGGUCCCACAAACACAGAUUUCACUUCAAAACCUGAAAAACUGAAAAACUCCACUGAAGGUUGGUGGGACCUUAAUUUGGGAGGACAGGCUUGUAAUGGCUGGAGGGGAAUAAGUGGAAUGGUAUCAAACACGUGGUUUCCAUGUGUUCCAUUUCAUUCACUCUGUUCCAGACAUUAUUAUGAGCCGUCCUCCCCUCAGCAGCCUCCUCUGGUAUGUACUGUCCUAUAUGUGAGAGAGCUCCAACAAGGAAUUACAAUGUAUGUAUUACUUUUAAUACCUGCAAAUGGCAAAUAAACUACUUGAACUCCUUAUGAAUGUCUGCAGCCGACUAGGCUGUUGGCGUCUGACAAGAGGUGAAAAUAUUACAGGAAUAUUCUGCAAAUGUUGAUGAAGACGUCACUCAAUCCACCCAAAACAACAUGCAGUCUUUCCACAAGACUCCCAUGAAGUUAUAGUGUGACGUUAUGAGUUGACGUUAAAGUAAUAUUCUCAGAACAUACUGCACUUGUUUUAUACUGUUUUAGAUGGAUCCUCUGUUUAUCAUCUUGUUUUAUACUGUUUUAGAUGGAUCCUCUGUUUAUCAUCUUGUUUUAUACUG